AAAGUUUAAAACCCUCUGCGUCUCCAAAAAAACCGUUAAAACGAUGGAACGGACCCCAAAUUAUCAUAUGACGAUCUUGUCCCUCUUUGUCCUGCCAUUCAUCCACUUAAUCGUGACCGUCCAUUGUAAAACCCAACACACCGUUCUACGACAAUCGCCGCCGGAUGACCAGUUCAAGAUCGCAGUCUUCGCUGACCUGCAUUUCGGAGAGGCCGCGUCCACCGAUUGGGGCCCACAACAGGAUGUCAACUCUACCAAGGUCAUGUCUACUGUACUGGACCAUGAAACGCCCGAUUUGGUUGUAUACCUGGGAGAUGUGAUCACCGCCAACAACAUAGCAAUUCCGAAUGCAAGCUUGUAUUGGGACCAAGCUAUAUCUCCAACAAAGGCCAGGAACAUACCUUGGGCCAGUGUGUUUGGAAACCAUGACGACGCACCCUUUGAGUGGCCACUCGAGUGGUUCACAGGCACUGGAAUCCCUCCACUUCUGUGCCCUUCGGCCAAUUCAUCAUACCCAGUAGAGGAAGCAUGUAGCUACAGAGGCACACCUCGUUUGGAGCUGAUGAAACAUGAGAUAGAGCAUAAUGAAUUAUCAUUUUCCAAAAAUGGUCCCAGGGAUCUUUGGCCAAGUGUAUCCAACUACGUUUUCCCAGUCUCAUCCUCGAAAGAUCCAGAAUCAUCUGUGAUGUUCUUGUACUUUCUUGAUUCUGGGGGUGGUUCGUAUCCAGAAGUCAUAUCGAGUGCUCAAGCUGAAUGGUUCCGGCUUACAUCUCAAAAGCUCAACCCUGAUUUGAGGGUUCCUGAGAUAGUUUUCUGGCAUAUACCAAGCAAACAUUACAAGAAGGUGGCUCCAAAAUUUGGGAUACAGAAGCCUUGUGUUGGAUCAAUUAACAAGGAGAGGGUUGCUGCUCAAGAAGCUGAGACGGGUAUAAUGGAUAUUCUUGUCGAAAGGACUUCUGUGAAGGCUAUUUUUGUGGGACAUAACCAUGGAUUGGACUGGUGUUGCCCCUAUAAGAAGCUAUGGCUAUGCUUUGCUAGACAUACAGGUUAUGGUGGAUACGGAAAUUGGGCCAGAGGAGCUAGAAUUCUUGAGGUCAGUGAGCAGCCUUUCUCUAUUAAGACAUGGAUAAGGAUGGAAGAUGGUUCUGUACAUAGUGAACUUGUCUUGAGUUCUUGAAAUGUCACCUCCAACAGUAUGAAAAAGCAAUUUAUAGGGGGAGAGAAAAAGAAAAAGAAAAAGGAAACAUGUAAAUCUGUCUGUUUUAUUCGUUGAAUCUUUAAGAGAACUCACAAAUCUCUUUGUUAAUACAAGCACUUUUCAUGUUCUUCUCCUUCC